UUUUAGAAUAUAAAUUAUUAUUAUUCUUUACGCAUAUAUCAAUUACAAGAAAUGAAAAACUAAAAUUUACAAGAAAAUUUAUAUCCAGAAUAUUUAAUUAUAUAUUCAAUAACGUAACUAAAUUAUCAGAUGGUAUUCAAUUUCUAAUUUUUCAAAAGAAUGCUACUAAAGCAAGCUACUAAACACAUUAUAGCUUAAAACGUGCUUAAAGAAUAUUUCAAAAUAUACCUACAUUCAUUAAAUGUUUCAGAUAACAUUGUUCACAUUAAUACCUUGCCGCUUAGAUUUAUAUAAUACUUUUUGCUUACGCAACUAAUUAUUUUCCAGAUAAAUUAAACGAAACACCACUAUGUCAUUUGUAUUUAAACACCACUAUGAUCUGUAAUAAUAGAAAUCGAAAUAUCGAAGGAAUUACUUAUUCAUCUAAUUGCGAGACGAUAAACCGUCCAAUAUCUCGGAAGUUUUAGCCACUUUUAACUCCUCCUCGGGGACACGCUGCAUGCAAGUGUUUGCAGCAAAAAAAAGUUACGCACACCAACACAUCGCAUCGUGUAUCGCCUCCAGAUUCUCCCUUAUUUUUUUGCACCGCAUGUGUGUUCAUUAACGCUCCGCGCGCGAAUUCAUUUCCAAACAUCUUGUCUCGUUAACUGCCCAAGUUACUUAAUCUCCUUUAAACGGUACGCGUGACCUUCCUUCCUCCUCUCGCUCAGUAACGCUCUAUAACGACCGUCACGGAAAGGAAAAGGGGGAGCGAGAGAAAGCCGAGACGAGAAGACGCCAAAGAUAAAAUGAUGCGGUAGCAUCUAAAUUUUAUUCGUGAACUUGGUUGAGAAGGACCGAUCCCGAAGGCGAGGGAACGCCUCAAAGUCACGAUGCUGAUCAAUCUUGUUUUUCUUAUUACCAUUAUUUUCGUUAUUACCGUGUAUACGGUUUCGGGACAUCCCUUUUCGUUCCUACCACGACAUGCCGUCGAACGAGCUGCGGAACGUAGGAGCAUAAGCAGGCAAAUGAUAGAACACAACUCUAAUUUCCUGACGCCCUUAUCGGAAUAUGGAACACGUUCUGAAUCAAAACCAGUAGAACCAUGGACUACUAUCACUCAAAACCCAGUAAACGGUAUCGAAACUACUGUGGGAAGCAGGGUGGAAUUAGAAUGCAAAGCUAGCGGUAGUCCUCCGCCGGAAAUUCUCUGGUUCACAGGAAGUGGUAGCAACGAACAAUUAAUCGAGUAUGUGAAAGCCAGUACGCAUUCCUUGUACGAUCCAUCCGAGGAGUGGAAAGGAGUGGCCAGAAUUAAUUCAAAGCUCGUGAUAGAAUGCGUUACUCCGGAUGAUGCUGGAUUAAUCUACUGUGCGUCAGUUUCUGCGAGAGAGGUGAAGAUCUCUACUCCUACGGUGCUGCUGGUUAAUAAUGAACGUGGUUUAAAUAAUUGCAGUUCUGAAAGUGAUCCAAUAAUCACUCUUUAUUCUCCUACAUUAGUAGCAAAUAUAGGAGUAACUGUGGUGUUGCCAUGCAGGGCAAGUGGCAAACCAACACCGCAAAUUACUUGGGUGAAUAACUAUAACGUACCUCUAAGUUUAUCAACUAAUUUGCGACAUAGAGUAUUAGACAGUGGUGAUUUAAUGAUAGAGGAACUCUUAUGGGAAGAUAUGGGUGGUUAUACUUGUCAAGCGAAGUCUGGAAAUCGUCAACAAGUUGUCAGUACAUUCCUUUACCCUUUGCGCCCCGAAAAAGAAGUAUCUCGGACAGUUAAAUAAAUUAUGGAAGAAUAAAUCCGGAUUGAUCUCUUUCUACUAUUGUACGAUAUGCAAUCUUCUUGCAAAAUUUCGGUGUUCGUUAGUGGUCAUAUGAUAUUAUUUUUAAGUAUGAGCACUAUGCAUAAUUCUAUGCAGCGAGAUUAUAUUUUGGUACUAAAAACAUGACAAUGCGUUCAAGAAUUAACAACGCUUCGUUUAAUUAUUAUCAAUUAAAACGCAGCCAUUAUUUUACUUAAAAGUUUUAUAAUAGAUUUUAAGGUGCCAAAGAGUUUUAUAUUCGAUUAUGAUAAUGACUUUAGCAAGUUUAAAAUAGCAAGUUAAGCUAUAUAUUUCAAUAUUUAAUUAUUAUCUAUAUUGCGAUACCUCUUAAACGAGGAUUCAUCUAGUUUAAACAAAUUAUUUAUUUAUUUUAUAUAUCGACUUAAUAAGUAGAUAUAAUAAAAAAGAUUUCGUUUAAUCUGAUAUGAUAAGAUUUGCUAAAUUCUAUGUAAUUUUAUAUUCGAUGAAAAAAACAUCGAUUCUUUGACUUCAAUUCCUAUUUCGCUUAUUAUUAUCAAUUAAUACUUUUUAUCUAUUUUAAUCUUUCAUCUGAAAAAUUAUCAUAAUCUAUUGUCUAUUGUAAACUGCUAUAUUUUUAUGUAUAAAUAAAUGUAUUUCAUUUCGUACAGUGUUUAUAAA